CUUAGUAACCUGAAACAAGUCACGGUUGUGGAUGUGUCAGCAAACAAGUUCCAUUCUAUUCCAAUUUGUGUACUCCGGAUGUCUAAUUUGCAGUGGUUGGAUAUUAGCAGCAACAACCUGAAAGAUCUCCCAGAAGACAUAGACAGGUUAGAUCAACUGCAGACGCUUCUCCUACAGAAAAACAAGUUAACUUACCUUCCACGAGCUCUGGUCAAUAUGCCAAAGCUCAGUUUGUUAGUUGUCAGUGGUGAUGACCUGGUUGAGAUACCCACAGCCGUCUGUGAGUCAACCACAGGUUUAAAAUUCAUAAGUCUCAAGGACAGUCCAGUUGAAACUAUCGUAUGUGAAGACACUGAAGAAAUUAUACAAAGUGAACGUGAACGGGAGCAAUUUGAGAAAGAGUUUAUGAAAGCAUACAUUGAAGACCUAAAGGAAAGGGAUUCUACUCCUUCCUAUACUACGAAAGUAUUGCUCAGUCUUCAGCUCUGA